AUGGCGUCACUUGGAGAGCCAGUGCGACUGGAAAGGGAUAUUAAUCGUGCCAUUGAGUUAUUGGAUAAACUGCAGCGAACAGGGGAAGUACCUCCACAGAAGCUGCAGGCUCUGCAGAGGGUCCUCCAGAGCGAGUUCUGUAAUGCAGUCCGAGAAGUUUAUGAACACGUGUAUGAAACCGUUGACAUCAAUAGCAGUCCUGAGGUUCGGGCCAAUGCUACAGCAAAGGCCACAGUUGCAGCCUUUGCCGCGAGCGAAGGGCAUUCUCAUCCUCGGGUGGUGGAGCUGCCCAAAACUGAAGAAGGCCUGGGAUUCAAUAUAAUGGGCGGAAAGGAGCAGAAUUCUCCUAUCUACAUCUCCAGGAUCAUUCCAGGGGGAAUAGCUGAUCGCCACGGUGGCCUGAAGAGGGGUGACCAGCUGCUGUCUGUCAACGGAGUGAGUGUGGAGGGGGAGCACCAUGAGAAGGCUGUGGAGCUGCUGAAGGCGGCUCAGGGCACAGUGAAGCUGGUGGUGAGGUACACUCCUAAAGUCCUGGAGGAGAUGGAGUCUCGCUUUGAGAAAAUGAGCAGACGGCGCUCCACUUGUUCCACAGUUCCACAGGAUAAAGACAGCAGCGCAGUGACGCUUCUUCCUUUCUGCACCCGCUGCCCUCGCUGUGAACACGCGCUCGCCUCUAUAGCAAAGAUGCGUUACGUUGCUGCUUACCUUCUUGCUGCCCUCGGUGGUAAUGAGAAACCUGCGGCCAACGACAUCAAGAAAAUCCUGGAAAGCGUUGGUAUUGAGGCUGAUGAUACACGUCUGACCAAGGUCAUCUCUGAGCUCCAGGGCAAAGAUGUAAACGAGGUUAUUGCCUCAGGUUAUGGUAAACUGGCCAGCAUGCCUGCAGGUGGUGGUGCUGUCGCUGUUGCCAGCUCUGCUGCUCCUGGUGCUGGAGGAGCUGCUGCUCCUGCAGCUGAGGAGAAAAAAGAAGAGAAGAAAGAAGAGUCAGAGGAGUCCGAUGACGACAUGGGAUUUGGCCUAUCAUCAGCGUUCAUUGAACACGCAGUCAGCUCAGCGCGUUUGUUUGACAUCGAAGACACAUUUCCAUCUCCUUCAACUCUCCAAACGCCACUUUGGUUACCAGUCAUGAGUUCCCAGGUGAGACAGAACUUCCACAAGGACUGUGAGGCUGCAGUCAACAUGCAGAUCAACCUGGAGCUGUACGCCUCUUACGUCUACCUGUCCAUGUCGUACUACUUUGAUCGGGAUGAUCAGGCAUUGCCCAACUUUGCCAAGUUCUUCCGAAACCAGUCACAUGAGGAACGAGAACAUGCUGAGAAGUUGAUGAAGUUCCAAAACCAGAGAGGUGGAAGGAUCUUCCUCAAAGAAGUCAGGAAACCAGAGAAGGACGAGUGGGGCAGUGGUGUGGAAGCUCUGGAGUGUGCGCUGCAGCUGGAGAAAAGCGUGAACCAGUCUCUGCUCGACCUGCACAAACUCUGCUCUGAGCACAAUGACCCUCAUAUGUGCGAUUUCAUCGAGACAAACUUCCUGGACGAGCAGGUGAAGUCCAUCAAAGAGCUAGGUGACUGGGUGACCAACCUGCGCCGCAUGGGUGCCCCACAGAACGGAAUGGCGGAGUACCUGUUUGACAAGCACACUAUGGGCAAAGACAGCAGCUAA